AUGUCGGGCCAGAGUCAGGAGCUCUACUUUUUCAAGAACCAGACGUUGACGCCCGAUUCGUCUCGCGACGCCCCGUUUUUAACCACAAUAACUUACGACCAAAGCACGAGCGCAUCUUGGUUGGUAAACGCGUUGGUCGAAUGCACCCUCCUCGGCACCGCUUCGCUGGUGCAUAAAGAACUCAAACAACCCUACCAGAAGAAAGUAGUUCUCGUCAGCUUUUUGCACGACGAGCAGUUUUUCAUCAGAAACUGUCGGAGGAACGGCGUGGAUUUGCUGAGGCUGCAGAGUUUCACAUUUGUUGACUACUUCACGGACUUGUUUGAGAAAAUUACAGAUGCCACUGACCCAGGCCAAGUGGGUCGCUUGUUUGAUUUCAACCUGGUGGAUCUUGCCAACUCGGUGGUGUUGAUCGAGGCGCCCGAGGUUUUGCUAUAUUCAACCGCCAUCCUGAGCGACGAGUUGCUAUUCCAGCUAUUAAAGGUGAACAAUCGGAGCCCGCACAUGUAUCUCGUUUGCGCCAAGGACUCGCCCCAGUUUGUAAACUAUCAAGUCAGCGAUUUCUUGAAUCCAGCGUACAAGAUCACCGAUUUCCUAACGAAACUCCUCUUUAGAUCCAACAUGAACGUCACUUUGGAGCCGCUCGCCACGGGGCGAGCAAACGAUAUAACGGGAAGUCUAACUGUGGCCAAAGGCGCCAUCCCCUAUAUGGGAGCAGCCAUUUAUGAAAGAGAAUACGUCUACAAAGUCACCAAGGAGCUAAAUGUCAAGGUCUUUUACCGCUAA